CUUUAUUCAAGGGCCCAUUUAGUCAAUGGCACCUACUACCACAGACUAGUAAAACAACAAUGGCCUCAGUUUCAGUUAAAGAAGAGUCAUUGGCAGUAAUGGUCGCUAUCUUAAAAGUGACCCGGUUGCCAUAAACAAAAGUUGAAGUUGAAGAAAGUUAGAAACGCUUGAAACAGAAAUGAAAUCAAAAACAAAUGUUAUAGAACUGUUUCAAGAUGCUAAAGCUAAUCAAACGUAUGUUAAAGUUUGUGCGCCCAUGGUCAGAUACAGUAAGGUCCAAUUCAGAACUUUGGUUAAAAACUUUGGAGUUGAUUUGUGUUUUACACCGAUGAUACUGGCUGAUUCAUUUUGCCAAAAUGCUAAAGCCAGGUCAAAUGAAUUUGUAACAACAAAAUAUGACACACCGUUAGUUGUGCAAUUUGCAGCUAAUAAUGUUGAUGAGUUCUUAGAUGCAUCAAAAUUAGUAUAUCCAUAUGUCGAUGGAGUGGAUUUGAACUGUGGUUGCCCUCAAAGAUGGGCCAUGAAGGAUGGGUACGGCUGUGCCUUAUUAUCUAACCCUGAGCUAGUCCAUAAUUUAUUAAGAACAGUCAGGAAUAAUUUUCCAGCAAAUUUCACUGUGUCUGUUAAAGUAAGAAUAUUACAGGAGGUAAAGAAAACAAUAAUCAUGUGCCAGCAGCUUGAAAAAUGUGGAAUUGAUUUCAUGACCAUACAUGGGCGCACACCAGCACAGAAAAGUGGCGAGGUAAUUGAUGUGGAAACAUUAAAAGAGAUAUGUGAAGUAAUUACAAUACCCGUAAUUGCUAAUGGUGGAAUUAAAACUUUAUAUGAUGCAGAUCAAUUGCAUGGCAUUUUGCAAUGUAGCGGCAUAAUGGCUGCAAGUGGUAUUUUGAACAAUCCAGCGCUUUUUAGUGGUUACAAUAAAACACCACUCAGUUGUAUUAAACAGUGGAUGGACUUGAAGAAUAAAUGUGAUGAAAAAAUAACUUUCCAGUGCUACCACCAUCAUUUAGUUUUCAUGCUUGAGAAGAUAUUGACAAAAAAACAAAAGCAGGAGUUCAAUUAUUUAAGUACAUUUGAAUGUGUUGAUAACUUUUUACAUAAACAUAUUUUAAAUGAUUUUCAAUAUUUGCCAUUGUAUAAUCCAUUAAUAGAUGAUUUUGUGUCGUGUGAUUUUGAUAAACAGAUAACUGACAGGCAUUCAAGCAAAUGUAGAAGAUGUAGUAAGAGUAUUUUUUAUUGUAAGUGUAGUUAUUAUGACUAUGAUAAUAAUAACGGAAGAUAUUUCACAUCUUAUGUUGAAGAUUCAGAUGGUCUUGAUUACAUGGACAGCAAUUUGUUUGAGGAAUGUAGUUGACAACAAAUUGUAAUUAAAUUGAAUAAAUUGUAAAAUG